AUGCCUUCCCUACCCGAUUUGCCAGGGCUAGUUAUGAAUCAUAUUCUGGAUUACUGUGAUGUUCGAUCCAUUUUUUCCCUCCGAAAAGUGUCUCCUGAUCUCCGGAAUCAUAUUGAUGACGUCAUCCCAUCUCUCCACUUGUCCGGAAUUAAAAUCGAAGUGAGAGAAGGAUUCCUUUUUCUUGUUUUGUCGGACGAUAUUGAAAUCAAAUAUGGGAGCUUCAGUCGGAUGUGUUACGAAAAUGAUGAUGAUGAAGCGGAACCAGUAGAGAGAAAAGGGUGUAAAGUGGAGUGCAACAAUAUGAAGCACUUUUUGGAAGGCGAAAAUUUCAUGGAUGUUUUCCGAAAUGAUCUUGAAUUGCUGUUGAAAUUCCAGAAAGCUGAUCCUGAGACCCUGGAGAGAGUAGUGUUGCAAUGGUGUGAUGAUGAAGAUUGGUGUGCUAUCAGGACUAUUCACCAGGAAGAAAUUAUUAAAAGUCUCGAGGAAAUAGAGAAAAAUGAGAGAAACGCAAUGAUGAAUCCGCUGAAAACAAUAUUUGAGGAAAUCGCAGCUAAACAAGGUGUAUCCCUGAAAGCAAGAACAUUCGAGACUCGCGGAGUAUUUAUAGAAGAAGCUAAGUCACUUCUGAAACUAUUCCAACCAGGAACAUUGAAAUGUAUCAAAAUUCAUGACCCUCAUCUCAGUCCAGUUAAAAGAACAUUUACGAGGAAUUACAUUGCAACUAUUCGAAACCCAAUUUACAUUGUAACUUUGAAUGGUAUUGAAGACUUGAAUCAGUGGAAACAAGCGGACGAGUUGGAUACAAACGGGUUCCAUAUAACAGCAAGAGACCUUGUUGAAAGUUUCGGUCAUUUUUCGAGAGGAAAAGUUGAGCUGAGUGGAGCAACGGGAGAAGAAAUUUUCAACUUGAUGCAAGCUUUCCUCAAAUCCCCCAACUUCAAAAACUUCGAAUUGACUAUUCCACAAAGUAUAAUUCAUAUGAUGGAAGAAUAUUCUAGAGUCACUGAGCUAAGCAAUGUACUCGGACCAGCUCGAGUUACUAGACGAGGAGAGCAGGAUGGGCGGCGGGUUUUUGAGUGGACUUUGAGAAAUCCGGAUUUUGAUUCAGCUGUGAUUCUAGUAUACUCUCCUCCAACAAAUUUCCAGUUUUACAGACUUUGA